GAGAGGGAGGAUUGUGUUCCCGUCCGGCUGAAAGAGUAGCAGGAUACAGACAGCUCAGUCUGGGCAGGGACCGGGGGCACUAAGAAGGAGCUCCUGGCUGGCUGCUGAGAUUGCAUAAGGACUGAGCCCAGGGAGGGCUGCAAGAAGAUAGUGUCUCCAGGGAGGAAGCCCUGGGGGGUACGGCACCAUACUAGGGCCAGGAAAAAGUAAAGACUGUAUAUUGCGGAAGGGGUUUGUUCUGUUCCAACUACAGACAGUAUGUGAGACUCAGCUGGAGGGCUGAGUCACUGAAGACUCACUGAAAAACCAUUGACCAAAGGAUGCUCCUGAGAGGCAGGUGCCACAAACUGAGAGACUGCAGACAUACACUCUCAACCCAGGGGGGUGCUUGUGAGAGGUGGGUGCUGAUCCCAAUACAAGAAGGAGGAACGUGUGAAGUUAUAGCAGCACACAGAUGCUGUAAUAAGAAUCGAAUUGAGGAAAGAUCACAAACAGUAAAAUGCUCCUGCCUCCCUGGGAAAGUGGCCGGGACAACACGAAACAGACCUUCCUGUGUCGACGCUUCUAUAGUGAUUGGUAAAUGGUGGUGUGAAAUGGAACCCUGCCUAGAGGGAGAAGAAUGCAAGACUUUACCCGAUAAUUCUGGAUGGAUGUGUGCAACUGGCAAUAAAAUCAAGACCACCAGAAUUCACCCAAGAACCUAAUAGCAUCUCCUAGAUGAGGGAACCACUGAUUUACAGAGGACAACAUAUUAAAAAUUUAAACCAUCUUCAAGCAUUGACAAGCCAAAUGGAUUUCUUAUUUGCACUUUGACUGUUGACCAGAUAAUAACAGUGGCUUUACUGUGUGAAAUAAAAUAUUCUAUGGAAAUAACACCCCAGAUUUUUGACAACAGAAAAGAAAAAUGAAGAAAAAUGGUUCUUUGGUAAAGUUUUCGUGAUUAUGAAGAAUGAACAACAGUCUUAUAAGUUUGGAUCUACAAUUUACUUUAUACUAUUUAAAAGUAUAUAUAUAAAUAUAUAUGAUAUUUUGAAAUAAAGCUUCACUCUUCAAGAAAUUAAAUAGUACCACACUUUGCUGCAGCUGCUGUAAUCCUUUUUUUAGUGAUCUGGAAGACACCUACCAGUUUCAGAGCAGUCAAAAGGGAGAGCAAACGUGCUGCAGCACCAGGACACCUGGAGCUAGAAGAAUCAUGAAGAUGCUGUGUCAAGAGCUUCCUUUUUCUUUCAACAGAGUAUUGGAGAGAAUUACAUUAUUCCAUUUUCUUGUGUUCUGGAGGCUUUUUCCCCCUUGUGCAAUACUAGCAUGCUGGCUUUACUUACAUAACUAUACUUUAUACUUAACAAUGAUGAGUCUAUCCUCUUCCAGGAAAAUAUUUUUAGAGCUAUUAGAUAUUCCAUGAGGAAGAGAAGGACAACUUUCGAAUAAAAUACAGUAUGUAUUAAGAGUUUAUUUGGCAGAGUUUGGUAGACUGUGGGCUGCCUUCUUAUUAAAGGUGUACGUACAAACAACAUCUUCAGACUUUGUAUAGGUGGCAUAGACUCCAGUAAAAAUGUGAUUGCUAACUCCAAAGUUUUGCACUGUUUACUCGAGAAUACAAAAACGGAUUUUGUUUCUUAACGUUUGAUUAAGCUGAGUUGGGAUUUGCACAAGGUUUGAUUCUUGCUAGCAUGUCUGGGUUGCUGCUUAGUCCUUCCUAUAGACAAACGUGCACUGUUUAAUUAAACUGGUUUACUUAAACCGAUGAA